AGUGAGGCAACCAUUGGUUUAUGACAUCCUUUUCCUGUCAAAGCGUGUCUUCAUUUGUCUUCAAAUUGUUUUCAAUUGUAUUUUGAAGUGAUUUCUAAAUCCGAUUGAAGAGAGAAAUGGGAAAAACGAGAUAUGAGUUGAUUUUGGGUCUCAAUAAAGGCCAUAAAGUGACCGAAAAUAAACGCAAACCCAAACCAUCGAGUUUUAAAGGGCGGAUCACAAAACACAACAAAUUCGUGAGAGAUAUCGUGCGAGAAGUGUGUGGUUUCGCUCCCUAUGAGAGACGAUGUAUGGAACUGUUGAAGAUCUCGAAGGACAAGAGAGCCCUCAAGUUCUUGAAGAGACGAUUGGGAACUCAUUUGAGAGCUAAGAGGAAGAGAGACGAGUUGUCCAACGUUUUGGUCCAACAGAGGAAAGCGGCCGCCGCUUCACACAAGUGAUCGCUGGAUGUGUUACUCUUUGCUUACCAUUUGAAGACAAUAAACACUUUAAUGACUUGUAUUUAAGAAUAAAAAUAUUGGUUAUAAAACUUGA